AUGACUGUUGCAGAGGAAUUCAUUAGUAAAAAAGUUAUCAACAUUAAAAAAGUAUUGGAUUCUAAAGUGAAGCAAAAUGAAUUCCAACUAAACAAGGUCAAAAUCGAGUAUGAAACGUAUGUUAAAUCGACGACGGAAUAUUAUCAGCAAAGACUAGAUUUACGUCAUGAACUAUCGAAAUUAUUUGAUGAACAAGAUAAAGCUGCAGCUAGAGAAGACUAUGAAAUGGCUGAAGAAAUGAAUAAUAAGAUAGAUGAUCUAAGAGAUCAAUUAAGUAUUACAGCUGUAACUCAUCGCCACCAUCAAGAUAAUCAACAGACGACGUCGAUAUUAAAUAAAUACAUUGAUGCGUAUGAAGAAGAAAUCAAUGCGUACAAAAUAGCGGUUGAAGAACUGGUUGAUAUCGAAACAGAAGAAAAAGUAUUUAUUGAGGAGCGACAAAAACAGUUAAAUGAUGAAUUACACCAAAUAAAACAUUUUAUAGAAGCUAAAGAGGAUAGAUUAAAGCGUUUACGAAGUAGAGUUGUAUUAGAUAGGCAACAUAUAGAAAAUGAAGAAAAUUUAUUAAAGGCAGAAGUAGAAAAUAAAACUCAAGUGUACUCUAGUAGAAUAAACGUACUAACUUUGGAAUUAUCAGAUAUAAGAAAAGAAAUAGUUAAUUUGGAAAAGUUAUUAGAGGAAGCACAUUUAAAGGAAGUAGAACAUGUCCUAGCAAUUGAGAAAGAACAGAAAAAUAUCGAUAUUGUUAAAAAAGAAUUAUCACUCGAGUGGUCAGAUCUAAGCGAAGAAAAACUAAAGAUCAAAUGUCGAGAAGACCAGUUAGAAGAUGAAGAGAAAAAGUUGCAAUUAUAUCAGCGUGAAUACGAUACAAAAAUGGAGGGUUUAGGACAAGCCGGAUUCAGAGCUGAUUCAGCAUUUGGUUGUAUAUCCGCUCUUAUCAGUGAGAGUAAAACUGAUCUUGACAAGAAAAAUCUAGAAUUAGAGAAAUUUAAGACGUUUAGAAAGAAGUGGCCAUGCAAUACAUCUCAGGUUGCGCAAACGCUAAGGAAGGAGUUGCAAGAACUAACAAAUAACGUCGCGAAACUAACCACUGAGGUUACCAAUAAAGAAGCAAUGAUUGCCACGCUGAAAAAACGAUCAGCAGAAAUACAGGAUAAAUGCUCUGAGUUACAAACAGCUAAGAAACUUGCAGCUGAUAGGAGAAAUUUUAGAGAAGCUAAGAAGUUAGCCAAUGAACUAAAAGCGUUAAAUGAAGAACAUCAAAACUACAAGUUGCAACUUCAGGCUGUCGAAGUAGAUCUAGAAAGCCAUUCGGCCGAUUUAGUGCAAGCACAAACUCUAUUAAGUAAUCGCCAAAAAGAAGUAAACAGCAUCGAAAUGAAAGAAUGUAGCAGUCUUUUAGUCAUAAUCGUUGAUUCAAUCAAAAAAUUAAAGUCCCAGUUAGAAAUAUUAUCUUCAGAAGAUCUUCUUAGAACCGUAAUUCAACAAGAGUUAACUGUAUAUAUGAUGAUUAAAAAUGAAUUGGACAGUCUUGUUCCUAAAUUAAACGUUGGCGAAAGCGCAUUAAAAAUUGAUUUAGCUGAAUCUUGCAAUCCAGAAGAAAUUAAAUAUAAAAUGAAAAAAUUGGAAAGUCAAUUGGAAUCAGCCGUAGUAGAAGAGGAUUACGAUCUAGCUGAUAUCCUUCGAUGUUUUACCCGAAUGAUGUUGUAA